GCCUCCUGAACAAAGGCGGCCAUGUUUCCAGAACUCCGUCCUCCCAUAAAUCCCGGAGCGAGCGGCUGUGAGUGGUUUGACCCUUUGAGCUGCUGACCAUCAUGCCUCUGCCCCGACGCCGCUCAUCCUUCCUGGGACAGCCGUCCUUCGAGCGACCGUCCACGUCCUCCGGCGGGCGGAUCGGUUCGGCCCCCCGAGGUGUCUCCGUGGGCUCUGCCCCCCCCGUGGGAGGGGCCUCCUGCCUGGGGACGCGGGUGUCCCGACGUGCUCUGGGCAUCAGCAGCGUAUUCCUUCAGGGGAUGAGGAGCAGCGCUGCGCCGGUGCUGCCCCGGGCAGCGGGUCACGGCGCCGCAGCUGCCGGACUGAACGGCUGCCUGAUGGAGUACAGAGACAAAGUCAGAGCUCUGGAGACACUGAACCAACAGCUGGAGGAACAGAUACGACUCUCUCUGGACCGCAAAGCAUCCAGCGCUGGAGCCUGGGGGCCACUUAGGAGGGAGUGGGAGGACGUCUACAGACAGGUCAGUGAAGCGAUCCUGGACAACGCUCGGCUGAUGCUGCAGACGGAGAACGUUCAGGCCAACGCUGAGGACUUCAAGGACAGGUUUGAGAACGAGCAGCCGUUCAGGAAGGCGGUGGAGGACGAGAUCAGCUCUCUGUACAAAGUGAUCGACGACGCCGACCUGACAAAGGCCGAGCUGGAGGAGCUGAUGGAGAACAUGAGAGCUCAGCUACGGAACCUGGAGACCAACCACGAGCAGGACGUGCGAGUCCUCUACAGUCAGAUGGCAGGACUUGAGGUGGAUGAACCUGACGCUCCCAUAGAAACCAGUCUGGACCAGAUCCUGGCCUACAUCAGGAGCCACUGGGAGAAGGUGACGGAGAGGAACCGAGCCGAGACAGACAGCUACCUGGAGUGUAAGGCGCAGUGUGUGAGCAGCAGACUAAGUCCGGAGGAGGAGCAGGUGGAGGCGCUGAAGGCCAAGUGUAACGACACUGGCUGUAAGAUCCAGAGUCUGCAGGCCGAGACCGAGUCCAUCAGAGCGCUGAGACGCGGUCUGGAGAACUCGCUGGGCGACGCCCGGCACUGGCACGACAUGGAGCUGCAGAACCUGGGCUCGGUGGUGGCCAAGCUGGAGACGGAGCUUCACGACGUGCACGGCGAGAUCGAGCAGCAGCGGCGCGACUACGACACGCUGCUGAGCAACAAGCAGCGUCUGGAGCAGGAGAUCGGAGCAUACCACGGCAUCCUGGACGGGGAGGAGAGCCGCUUCCAGCCAACAGAGAACCUGUGAGUCCACCAUCAGACCAGGGUCAUGUGACCAAACCGUCUGAGGCCAAAAAUGUCAAAGAUUAACCCAUAAACCCAUCCUUUAUUUACUGUAAACAUUAAUGAGGGGGCACCAGGGCCACCAGUGCUUCUGCUACUCCAUGAUCUCCAUGACCUCCAGGACCUCCAUGAUCUCCUGGACAUUACAGUCAUUUAGCAGAUGCUUUAUCCAAGCGACUUACAAUUCAGAUUCUAUCACAUUUCUACACCGUA